CAGACAUCUGGGGAGAAGUUGACAGCAAUCCCUUUGGCUCAAGCGGUAUCUGCUUUGAGAGCUGCUGGAUAUGGUCACAUUACAACAGCGGUCCGCUCCCCGGUGGACGGCCGUACUAUUGCUUUGGACGGCGCUGUGCAGCUUGCUCUUGCCAGCUGUUGCCGUCAAACAUGAGAAUUUCAAGACUUGCGAGCAGUCUGGCUUCUGUAAGCGCAAUCGCGCAUUCGCGGACGACGUCACCGCAUCGGGCUCCUUCGUCUCCCCAUACGCCCUCGACCCAGCGACUCUCAAGUUCAAAGAUGGCCAAUUGAGCGCUGUCGUUCUGAAAGCAAUCAACAACGGUCAGGAGAAGGUUCAGUUGCCACUUUCGGUAACAUUCCUCGAAUCUGGUGUCGCGCGCGUCACUCUCGACGAAGCAAGGAGGCAGAAGGGCGAUAUCGACCUUCGUCAUGACAGCAAGGCCAGGAAGGAACGCUAUAAUGAGGCUGGUAAAUGGGCUCUUGUUGGUGGCUUGAAGCCCUCCAGCGGUGCUGCACUGGCCGAGGCCGCUGAUGCUGGCUACACCAAGGUAGUCUAUGGCAAAGGCAGCAAGCACCAAGCUAUCAUCCGCCAUUCGCCCUUCUCGAUCGAGUUCCAGCGAGACGGCGAGACGCAAGUCAAGUUCAACGAGCGUGGAUUUCUGAACCUCGAGCAUUGGAGACCAAAGGUCGAAAAGCCCAGUGAAGAACCCAAGGAAGGUGAGGAGAACAAGGAAGAAGCCAAAGUCGAAGAGGAGAACAAGGAAGAAGCCAAAGUCGAAGAGGAGAAAGGCGAAGAUGAGAGCACCUGGUGGGACGAGAGCUUUGGUGGGAACACCGAUACAAAGCCUAGGGGACCUGAAGCUAUCUCUCUCGAUAUCUCUUUCCCAGGCUACGCGCAUGUCUUUGGUAUCCCGGAGCAUGCCACGCGUCUCUCAUUGAAGACUACCAGGGGCGGCGACGAUGCUUACACCGAGCCGUACCGUCUGUACAACGCCGAUGUCUUCGAGUACGAGAUGGACAGCCCUAUGACCCUGUAUGGUGCUAUUCCCUUCAUGCAGGCUCACCGCAAGGGCUCCACUGUUGGUGUCUUCUGGCUCAACGCUGCUGAGACCUGGAUCGAUGUGACCAAAAAGAGGAAUACUGCUAACCCGCUUGCUCUGGGCGUCGAGGGUCACACUGACACCCAGACCCACUGGAUGUCGGAGAGCGGUCUGCUGGAUGUAUUUGUCUUCCUUGGCCCCACCCCUCAGGACCUUACUCGUCAGUACGGCGAGCUUACUGGCUACACUGCCAUGCCCCAGUCCUUCGCCAUUGCCUACCACCAGUGCCGCUGGAACUACGUCACUGAUGAGGAUGUCAAGGAUGUUGACCGUCGCUUCGAUAAGUUCAACAUUCCAUACGAUGUCAUCUGGCUUGACAUUGAGUACACUCACGAGAAGGAGUACUUUACCUGGGACCCUCUCACAUUCGUCGAUCCAAUCUCGAUGCAGCAGCAACUCGACAAGCGCGACAGGAAGCUCGUAGCCAUCAUUGACCCUCACAUCAAGAAUACCAACGACUACCCGAUCAUUGACGAGCUGAAGAAGAAGGACCUUGCUGUCAAGAAUAAGGACGGCAACCAGUACGAAGGUUGGUGCUGGCCCGGUUCUUCAAUGUGGGUCGACUGCUUUAACCCCGCUGCUAUCGACUGGUGGAAGGGUCUCUUCAAGUACGACAAGUUCAAGGGCUCUGCACACAACACGUUCAUAUGGAACGACAUGAACGAGCCCUCGGUCUUUAACGGUCCUGAGACAACCAUGCCCAAGGACAACCUGCAUCACGGCGACUGGGAGCAUCGUGACGUUCACAACAUCAACGGCAUGACCUUCCACAAUGCUACCUACCAGGCUUUGACUGAGCGAAAAAAGGGUGAGCUUCGCCGCCCCUUCGUUCUGACUCGUGCGUUCUACUCUGGCAGUCAGCGCAGUGCUGCCAUGUGGACCGGCGAUAACCAGGCUGAUUGGCCCCAUCUCGAGGCAUCCCUGCCUAUGGUCCUCAACCAGGGUAUCUCUGGCUUCCCAUUUGCGGGUGCUGAUGUCGGUGGUUUCUUCGGCAACCCCAGCAAGGAGCUUCUUACUCGCUGGUACCAGGCUGGUAUCUACUACCCCUUCUUCCGCGGCCACGCCCACAUCGACACUCGUCGUCGUGAGCCCUACAUCCCCGGAUCACCAUACACCGAGAUUAUCACACAAGCGCUGCGUCUCCGUUACCAGCUCCUACCUGCGUGGUACACAGCCUUUCACGAGGCACACGUUUCUGGUGCACCAAUCGUUCGGCCCAACUUCUAUGUCCACCCUGAGGAUGAGGCUGGUUUCGCUAUCGACGACCAACUUUACAUCGGAUCCACUGGUCUGCUUGCCAAGCCGGUCACAAAGGAGGGCGCUGACAGCGUCUCUGUCUACCUUGCAGAUGACCAGCCGUACUUCGACUACUUCGACUACACCACCUACAGUGGUAAGGGCCAGCACACCGUCCCUGCGCCUCUCGAGAAGAUCCCACUCCUGAUGCGCGGCGGCCACAUCAUCCCCCGUCGUGACCGUCCUCGCCGAUCCUCAGGCCUGAUGAAGUACGACCCUUUCACUCUCGUCGUUGUCCUCGACAAGGACGGCAACGCGGCUGGCACGCUCUACCUCGACGACGGCGAGACAUUUGACUACCAGGGCGGCGCGUUCAUCCAUCGCCGCUUCUCCUUCGACGGCAAGCGCAACAUCCUCACUUCGGUGAACCUCGACACCAGCACCAUGCGCACCGUCAAGUUCGAGAAGUAUGCCAAGACAAUGGACAAGGUCCGCGUCGAGAAGGUCAUCAUCGUGAAUGCCCCCAGCGCAUGGAAGGACAAGGACGAGGUUAUUGUCAUGCAGGAGGGCGCCAAGGAGAGCAAGAGGAGGAUGCCUGCACCCCUCUCAUACCACGCUGCAGACGGCAAGAAAGCGGCUUAUGCGAUCAUCCGCGAUCCCGGCGUUGGUAUCGGGCGCGGCUGGAAGAUGGACUUUGGCGGUGCGAACGACCACCACGGCCACGGCCACGAGCACUGAACGAGCGUUAGAAAGAGAUUUGCACGAGUACGAGCAGAACGUAGUUUAGAUCCAGACAACAAACAGAAUUGCCAACCCGUCUCCAGUGUCCA